GGGAGCGCGGAGAUGGCGGCGGGGCUGGGGGAGCCGGAGUGGGGGCGGCCGGGUACCGAGGCUCUGGCCUUCCGGCAGCUGCGCGACCUCGUCGCGACCCAGGAGGCGCUAAUGGAACAGCUGCGGCUCCGGAUCGCAAUACAAGAGGAGAAUUUUGUACGUAAGGAGGAUUAUGAGACUGUUGUGAAGAAGUUGGAGAAAGAAGAAGAAGAGCACUCAAAGACCAAAACCCUGCUUGCCAAGGAAGAUGAGAAGCUGCAGUUUGCGCUCGGGGAGAUUGAGGUUUUGUCCAAGCAGCUUGAAAGAGAGAAACAAGUCUUUGAAAAAGCACUUUCCAAUGUUAAGAGCAAAGCGCUAAGAGAAUCCACCAAAAAAGACAAGCUAAUAAGCAAAUGCAAUGAAAUCGAGAGCCAUAUUAUGAAACAGGAGGAUCUUCUGAAUGACAAAGAGAAUGAAAUUAAGGAGCUACAGCAGUUCAUCACCAAGCAGAAGCAAACACUCAAGACUCAAGUGUCAGACUUAAAAAUACAGAAACAACAGGAAAGUUACAUAGCGCAAGUGCUGAAAAAAAAACAGAAGAAGGGUUUAAAGUGACUGUAUUAAACGUUACACUACAAUCCAUGUAUCCCCUCGAUACGCAACCACUGUAAAGAUUCUAUGCUCACCGUUACUGCAGUGGCCAACAAGGCCAAUAGCAAUACUCUAUCACUAUCUCAGAAAGGUUGUAGAUAGGUCACAACAUUAACCCAUCAGUGGGCCCUGGCCUACACAAACAUAUUUUUCCUGGCCUGGUGCAGUGGGGAGGCCCCUGGGGCAGGGGAGAGGUCAAGAAGGGGGUUGGAAAGUGAGCCCACCAUGCACUCAUCCUUCAUUGGCGGCUCCUGUCCUGUGGGGCUAGGCCCAACUCCCCAUUCCAGGCAGUGUGACCUGGCACAUGGGGUUUGUGUCGCCACCACUCUCUCAAAUUUGGCCCAGCUAUGCCUCUGUCAUGACAGGUGAGUGCCCAGGCUGAAUCUGAGUGCAGAUACAGACUCGGGCCACUGCAGUUUGAUUUAAUGCGGUGACCUUUCACCGCUGGAGCCUGGUGCAAGUGAAAUUAAUUAAAUGGGCUUCCCUUUGUCCUCUAAGCACUUGUGUGCUUCACAAAGCUGCCACCUCAGCUGGGGCUCUGCUCAGAGCAGACCCCGGGUUGCAAUAGCGGCUGUUCUUUGGUUACUGCUGAUGUGGGCUGAGAGCUUAUAGGGAAAUGCUCCCAUUGCCUAGCCAUGUUCUUUCCCUUCCUCACCAGUGCUGUUUGUGUCUCACAGCUUCCCCUGUCUGGUCCCCUGUACCCACCAAGAUAGUGGCAGGGACAAUCUCAUGAUCUUGGUAAAUACUGUUAGACCCCAGAAGGGUGACGGGAUACAUGUACAGACCAAGUGACUUCAAAUAAAAGAUUUUAAACGAAA